AUUCCACUAGACCUCAAGAUUGGCCUAACGUCAGCAUAUGUGGUAAUUUUCCUCGUAGCUCUAUUUGGCAACUCGGUUGGUUUCUACGUGGUGGUAAUUAAAAAGGAAUCUUCAUCCACCAGCGUGACAAACCUGUUCAUUGGCAACAUGGCCGUUGCAGAUCUGCUGCUAACUAUCACGAUUAUGCCGUUUUCGGUCGCCUUUUUGUACCAUGGCAUCACUCUUUGGAUAGGAGGAACGUUGGGUACUAUUACUUGCAAAGCGUUUUUUUAUGUCAUGCCAGUUUCUAUUUCCGCCUCUGUGUUUACAAUGAUGCUGAUUUCGUUUGACAGAUUUUACGCCGUAUUUUACCCGUGGAAAGAGAAAUUCUUCCAAAAGCCAAAAGUUUUGUCAGCAAUUAUAUGGAUCUCAUCUUUUGGGUUGAUGACUCCUUACGUUUUAAUGUUUCAAACAACUGAGGUACAACCAGGCGUAUACUAUUGUUGGCAGGAGUGGCCAUGGGCACCACCAAACGACACAGACUUCACCGAAACAUAUAAAGUGUUAAAAAGCUUUCACAUAUGCCUUUUUGUCAUACUGUACGCGUUACCUCUCUCAGUAACAUUAUUUAUUUACUUCUUAAUUUGCCGAAAAUUGUGGCUGCGUAAGAUUCCAGGAAAUGUAACAGAUAGCAAACUCGCUGCUGAAAAAAGGUUAAAACGCAAGGUUAUACGUUUGCUUGUCAUCACAUGCGUGGUAUUUGCAGUCUGCUGGUUUCCAGUCUAUGUGAAUCAUUACUUCUCGUACGUACGAUCUGAUCAAAAACACAAGUUGCCAAUUAGAGUUCAGAUGCUAUUCAACUGGAUAGCACAUGCAAACAGCGCUUUAAAUCCAUGCCUUUACAUUCUACUGAAUGAAAAAUUUCGCCAAAAGUUUCAAGCAACCCUGCACAAUUUACUGCAAUUUGGUUCCUCAAAAAACAAUUGCAGUGACACUAAGUCAAAUAAUAAGAGGUUUUUAACAGUUGCGACUCAGCGUAAAACCGAUGCUUAUACGUUACCACAAAGCCCAACGAAGGCCAAAUCUGGACAAACAAACUUAUCGCUUUCUUUGAUGAGUGUCAGAGAGAACCGUUCGCCACCAAAUGGCCGGACUAAGACUUCCCUGAAUAAUAACACAAAAGAAACCAAGGAUGACGUCGUCACCGAGGCAAUCUAAGUGUUGGUCUGGGAAGCAGCAGAACUUGGGCUGCUGCUCUGAGCUGUUUUCGACUUUCUGAGUCAUUUACAGGGGGCUGUACGUGCACUUGGUGCAAGAACAACAUUGGAAACCUUUAGAUAGACAAGGACGACAGUUAACUUUACGUUUUUUGCGUAUUCUCAAAACCUAGACACCCUGGAAUGGUUCACUAGUAUUGAAAAAAAUCUCGUUCUCGUAGUCACCCUAGUCUCAGAAUCUAAACUGAGGUCUCUAGUGUCUGGAUACUAGCACACUGAUAGUGUUCUUCUCACACCUUAAAAAGCUCGUGUACCGGAUAUGUAAAUGUAUGUGAUAUUUAACUGAAUUGACGCCAGUUUUUUAUCAUCUGUUCUCUUAUUGAUGAUAAAAUGAAGAUAUAACAUUGUCAAUAUUUUGUACUUUCAGACCAAGUUUGGAAAGAGUUAGAGCCAACAAGGGUAUUGUAAAUUAACAAAAAUUUGGAUGCUGGUUUGAGUAUGGAGAUUUAUUCUAACAGAGUCCGGUACGAUAGGUCAGUUUGCUUGUCAUACAGGGAAAUGUGUAAAUGCGCUCGAGCAACGUACACCGGUUGUGCCGGCUAAUUUCAUUGGAUACCGUCAGGAGCCCAUCAUAGGCUCCUGAUACCGUAUAUCUUCUUUUAAGUUCCCACUGGGGCUCAUAGUCAGUGUUUCGUUCAGUAAGCAAUAUUGCCAGUUUCACCUGUGGUAUCGUACUGGAUACCGGACAACGAAUGUAAAGCCCCCCUUUUUCAAUAAGCCCCCUCCCUUUUCAGGGGAGAAAAAUUAUUAAGUCCCCUUCAGUCUUUGAAGCUCCCCUUACCCUCUCCCUCGGCUUUUUUUAGAUGACAAACUGUUUGUUUCUUAAUAAUAAAGAGGAGAAGUCUUUACGUCACGUUGCCAUGGUAGCAACAUUUUUGGAUGACAACAAACUGAAAAUUCACUUCACUCAUUCAAACUUCAUUGAUCUUAUUCAGCUUCAUUUAAUUUGUCAAAUGUUAGCAAAAUUUUCUGGAUUUAAUCCAAAAGGACCGUAUCUGAGUUUAGAAAAACAAAAAUAAACUUUUUGUGUUGUGUUCACUUACUCCGUGAAGAGGCCGCGUGAAAUUAGGAAGUUUCAUGUCGCAGUACUGCAAUGACGGCUAAGAAAUGUACAAAAAAAGCGUGAUGCACGUGCAAAGUUGUUGUUUUGCUAAUCUAAACUUAUCGAGGUUUUUUUUUGCCGUUCUCGUUACUGUCGCCGACGUCGUUGCUUAAUCUCGGCCCAGGAGCCUUAUUGUUGUCAUCCAGAAAUUUGGCUACCAUGGUAACUUGACGUCAAAAUUCUUCUCUCUAUUCGUUAAAAAUGUAACACUUCAUGCGGAAUGAUCCGGUAUGAUUUAUUCACAUGCUUCAGCUGCAUGACCUACAACACUUUGUAUUCUAGUUCUCUAUGGAGGAUUGGUGUCAUCAUCUUCGCUGGAUGUAAAUAAACCCCCACCCCCUCAAAGGGGCUUGAAAUAAAUUGGCCCCUGUGGGAACUUAAAAGAUGAUACAGUAUCCAAUGAAAUUAGCAUAAUCGUUAAACGUUGCUCGAGCGCGUUUACUCAUCAGUAGCACCCAACGAGAAUAUAGUUCAAAACCACUUAAACAUAGCAUUGUUGAACGUAUUUUAGUAUUUAAAAGGUAGAUAUAGGCAUAUUUUUAUCCCCUAAAAAUUUUUUAUCUGUUCGGAUUUUCUAGCUGAAAGUCUAGUGAUCCGAAAAUUACAGGGAUCAAAACUUACCUUUUCGAAAAUUUCAGCCAGAAAAAAGGCUCCCGAAAAUCCUAAGUGACCUUUUUAGGCUAAAAAUCCGUUAAAAAUUGGCAAUUAUACCAUUUUGUAAAUGUUCGAAAUUCCUAGGAGAGGCAGGCAAGCUGGAAAUGUUAGAACAAAUGUUCCGAAAAUUCUAGAUCUCAAAUCGUCUUCCGAACAGAUGUUUCCAAAAAUUGACGUUGGGUGCCUCUGACUCAUUGCCCUGUGGCAAAGACCUAUCCUGCGGGCCGUGAUAGAAUAAAUCCCCCCAUUUUCAACAUUUUACCUCCCAUAAAACAAUUGCUGAUCAUGAAGUGUACAUAGCGACUCUGAAUUCAAAGAAAUGUAAAAGUCAUAAUUAACUUUUAGAGCAGUUAAUACCUUUCACACCCAGUUUCCUAAAAAGCAAUUGACAAAAAAAAUAACAACAACACAGAAUAUUUAAUGUUCCCGCGGCAGGGCAGAAAUAAAAAAAGACAAGGUUUCUCCAUUGACCAUUAUUUCCACCUGUUGAAUUAAUUCUCCAACACAGGGUUUGUGUUGGAAUAAAUGGAACACUGCGUCGAUCUCUAUUGGUUAUUAGUAAAAUCCAACUAGUGGUCUAUUAUCAAAUCUGUGUUCUGAUUGGUUGAGCUACUACUAGAUUUUAUGUUAUAGCCCACCAGUAGCGAAAAGCGCCGGCUUUUUGGUGGCAAAAAAGGAUUAAAGUCUAGCUUGAACUAGCUAUAGUUGUUUUGUCGCAAUAUUUUUGACCAAGUACUUGGAUUUUACUAAAACAAUUAUCCCUCUCGCCCCCAUGGCCUCUGAGUCAAUAGCUAUUGAUUCGGCAGAGCAGAGCCGGUCUCGAGGAAUAAUUGUUAAAUAUACAUAUAGCAUGCCAUGCGAUUUGUCGCUAAUUUUAGUGUAUAACUUAGAUGGUAAAUGCAAAAGGUAUAAAUUUGAUAGGAAGUGAUAUAGGAGUAAAAGGGUUCUUAAGUUACAUAGGACUUACAAUGUAUUACAAGGAAUGAUACGAAAGUUACUCUGUUGCAAUUGAUCUCGUCAAUUAAGGCAGUAUAGGUGAAAGGAUAUCUUCUUCGUUCAUGAGCUAAGCUUGUCUUGCUUUCGUUCCCACGACCAAUGUUUCUCGCAAAGUGUGACUUGUGAACCUUACAGAGGUGAUGAAACAGUUGUCACGUCACCUCCUUAAAUUUGACGUCGUUGGUUAAAUGACAAACUUAUCCUAGCCUGUUCCAGGCGUUCAGAUAGUGGGGAGCGCUGCGAAGUAAACUCCCCAGUCCCCCUCUUUUUAUCGCUUUCUUUACUUCGCACUGCUCUCCACUAUCUGAACGCUUGGAACAGGCUAACUGAUCCUGUCUGAUCGCGGACCUGUCCUCAUCACAGUGCACGUGACCGCUGACUGAUGUCAUUCAGUUGGAUAACAUGGUAACUUUACUGAGUAAUUUACUCUAUUCGAACGCAAACAAAUAGUACUCGUGGUUUUCGUUUUGGUUACAGCUAAUCUUGUGUAGUAGAAAGUCAUUAAUUUCCUGACUGAAUUACAUGGAAAGGGUGGGAUGAAUUGAAUUAAAUAAACGAAAUGAAUUAUUAAAAAUUGACAAAACGAGUUUUCACUUUCUUCUUGGUUACAGCCAAGUUAAGUCAAUAUUUGUUGAUCGUUCUUUAUGCUCACAACUCCACGAUCUACAUGUAUAAAAAUAAGAGCUAGCCUAGCUUGAGCUUAUCUGUAACAUGACCUAAUCCUUGUAUAAAAAAGCCUUUUAAAAGAACUGCAAAUAACCCCUUAACUCAGAAGCUCGAAAAUCAUAUCAUCUCUUCUUCUUCUUACAGGGGUACCCAACGAGAAUAUAGUUCAAAACCACUUAAAAAAUAGCAUUGUUGAACGUAUUUUAGUAUUUAAACGGUAGAUAUAGGCAAUUUUUUAUCCCCUAAAAAUUUUUCAUCUGUUCGGAUUUCCUAGCUGAAAGCCUAGUGAUUCGAAAAUUAUAGGGAUCAAAACUUACCUUGUCUUCGAAUAUUUCAACCACAAAAAAGGCGCCUGAAAAUUCUAGGUGACCUUUUUAGGGUAAAAAUCCAUUAAAAAUGGGCAAUUAUACCAUUUUUGGGGGGUGCGAAAAUCCUAGGAGAGGCAGGCAAGCAAGAAAUUUAACAACAAAUGUUCCGAAAAUUCUAGAUCUCAAAUCGUCUUCCGAACAGAUAUUUUCCAAUAGUUGUAGUUGGGUGCUCCUGUUCUUACUGCAUCUUUUUGCUACUGUCCUUCUUCGAACUCUCGCUUUAUUUGGGCACGAGGCUUGUGCUUUCAUUCUUGUCCCAGGCUUUUUAGCUCUCCAACAUAUGGACAUAUGCGUUGACCGAGGACGGUUUCGAACACACUUCACUCCUGUAAAAUUCUCCAAAAACCCAUCGGCGAAAACGCUCGAAAACUGUUUCAUACACAAGUCUUCCACCGGAUCAGCAAAACGAAACGAAAAAAACUCAUACUACAGCCCUCCCCUAGUUGGGAAGUCACAUGAAGACACGAUCACAACGCACUUUGAUUGGAAGAAAUAAAAACGAAUGCUUGAUAGGUGAGAGGACCAAACUGCAACGGAGGACACAACUGCAACGCUACACAAGGAUCCUUCAAGGCCAACACCGGGGUUGAGAUUGCUUAACGCAGGGUCCCGAUUACACUCCUCCCAGUACUUCACGGGCGGGUGCGCGUUUUGUUAACUGGGCUGCGUAGCACGUCCAGUUUAUAAAAUGGGUAGAUUAGUGGGAAAAAAUGAACACUAUCAAUUAUUAACCCAGUAACCCAGAGGGUGUUGCGUGAUCUAUAAAGCAUGUUUGUCCACCUUCGCAUAGCCUAUUCACAGACCCUCUAUUUUCUCUUCAAAGUUCGUCGUGCGCGCGUGAUAAAAAAUAAAAACCGUGGGGGAUUUGUUGACCACCAGCGCAAGGGGGUAGGCGUGGGGGAAAAAGAAGCUUUCGAAAACGAAAAGAAAAAUAAAGUAACGUCUGUGUACAGGCUAAUCUUCGCAGAGUUCGUCCCAUGAAAGGGACUCUGGAUUCCGGAAUCCUAGAAAUUUUGGCUUUAAAUGUGGAAUCCGGAAUCCCAGAAAAUUUUACUUGCGAAAUCCGGAAUCCUACCAGCAAAUGGAAUCCGGAAUCCAAGUUCCAAUGACAACAGAUUAGAAUCCCGUACCUAGAAUCCGGAAUCCACAGCGUGGAAUCCGAUCCAGAAUCCAAGACUGUCUUGGAUUCCGUUGCAUGGGGCGACCGAGUCUGUUUAAAAAAACGUAUUAAUUCUGUUCUUUUAAUACAAGUAACACACGCCUUUUGGAGGCCUAAAUUUCGGAUAACGAUAAAGAAGACUUCCAACGAAAAAAGUCUUUUUGCUCGACGGACCAAGAAAAAAUAUGCCUAUAUCUACCGUUUAAAUACUAAAAUACGUUUAACAAUGCUACGUUUAUUAAGUGGUUUUGAACUAUAUUCUCGUUGGGUUGCUCCUGAUCCCUGGCCUCUGUGAGCAGUGCCCCACAAGUCAAAAGCACUAUUGCCCUACGACCAAACUCACAUAAAGUGAAUUUGCCCCUUGCGAUGCUGUUAUCCUGAAUGGGAAGAGACAUUAAUUACCUGUUACUAAAGAUAAAGUACGUGUUGUCUGAUAAUACAAAGAUGUGUUUGAGGGCAUAAGGAAGUUACCUGGCGGGCCUUACCAUAUCGUAUCCAGUUCAAAUUUAAUGUUCAACCAGUACAACACCCACCAAGAGCAGUACCAGAAAAGAAGAAGCCUGCAUACGAAGAAGAACUAGAAAGCUUAGAACUAGAAAACUUAGCCGCUCACUCAAGUCUAAGGUAGUGUACAAGGCCAGCUGCUGGAAUUGCCACACUUCUGCCAUUGCAGAUCAUAUUUCUUCAACGGGCCCAAAGUUAAACGGCAUCACCUUGAGAUAUUAACAACCGGAAAUCAGACUGUAAAAUAAACUGAAAGAAACUUUAUGAAUUCGUGAUUUAAAACCUGCUUUAUAUGAAAAUGUCGGCAGUGCAAAACUUUUUCUCUUCUAGCAUCAUAUAUUAUAAUUUCCUGCAGACUUCAAAUUGAGUCUGUCAUCAUCAUUUGUUGUCAUUAGUUAUUGUUUUUACCUGUUGUUUUGGUUCCAGUCUUUUUCUAGAUGUUUAAAUUUUACUGUACAGGGUGUCCCAAAAGUUCGUUCCUCCUUUUGAUCAAAACUUUAUUUUUACAUGAAAUUUCUAGAAGAUAUAUAUUUCUCUCUCAAGUACAUGUAUUCAGAAUUUCAAUAACUGGUAUGCCCUUUUUAUUUUUUUUUUUUUUCACAUUCUGUCGCCGUUGCGGCAUGAAGUGGGAUACAGCGUGUAGACCCACAAAUGAUCCAUUUUGAGCUUUUUUAUCACCUGGUAAGCAGGAUCCAGUUCAAUCCCCAAACAAUAUUUGUUUAGUUUAGACAGCUGGAAAAAAUAUAUUUUGGGCAUUCAUCCAAAAAAGAUAAUCAUCGCGUCCCCCAUCCACAGCAAGGCUUUUGUAAUUCUUUACAAAUUUGAAACGAGCUGGGCGUUAAUUGGCAGGCUAAGUAGAAGUCUUUUUGGCAUCUCAGGGGACUAUAAUUUCAAACAUUUUAAACAGCUUUUCCCUUUUCCCCUUUUAUUUGGCUUGCUAACUAUUUGAGACUGAGCUUCCUUAACGAGUCUCCUAUUUUGUACCUAGCCCUCUUUAAAACUAUUGUAGCUGCUUUGUUCGGGGCCCUUUGGUCUUCCCCUUAGUUUCUUGCCUUCAAACCCUUCAUUUCUCCAUGAUCAUUCUACUACCCAACAUUUGUUUUUUUCCAGUUUUUGUAGCAGUUUCUACAACAAAUAAGCCAGUAAAUCGACGUAUACAGGUUUAUGCUCUCACGCAACUGAACGUUUUUGCGUUAAGGGGGUUUAUCUUUCGUGAUAUUCACAAAAAACAAGGAAGGAGUUCGAGCAAUUCAGGUUAUGAAAUACAAAAAAUAUGUGGCUGGAAAAUACACUCGCGCACGCGCACCUUUAACGCGGAAGUACACAAAUCGAAUAUUCGAGUCAAAAGAUGGCAUAACAAGUAUGAAAAAAGUGAAUUAGAUUGAAAGACACAACUUUUGUUUCAAUGAUUUGCUUACCAAGUCCAAUCGCACUGAAAUACAGACUUAUAAAGUAGAGGAACGAACUUCUGGGACACCCUGUAAUCUUUUUAACCGCCACUUCUGAAGAUGUAUGUUGUUACGUACGAAACGUCAAGUCUUUAAAAUCUUAGUUUUUUGCAACAUGCGUUGUUUCAUCAUGUUUGUUACCGCAGUUUCUGUUUUAUUUUUACAGAACUAGAAAGAUUAUGCAAAUUAGCAAUUAUUGAGGCCAGCUCUCGAAGCGUUCGUUUUUUGGCGUUUUUUCUAUUUGCCUUUUUCAGCGGGCGGGUGGAGAGAAUAAGGCUACCAAAAAACGAUUUAAAAAUUGUUUAAAAAUGUUGUGCAGAUUGCAACAGCCUGUACGGGAGAGAAGCGCGGGCGCAUUUCCCGAAAAGUGGUUGGUAAUCGAGCCUAAAUAUAUAUUGCCUGCGAAUUCAGCCGUCCCUCGUCGCUCCUCGCCGACUGGAACGGAUGAGUUUCGCGAAAUGUCUCUCGCAACGGGGAGUGAGCGGAGACGCCUGUAUAUUAGCAGGCUAAUAAAAAGCAAUUUUGGCGGGCUUUUUUUUAUUUCUAACCAAUACAGUCAAUACAUCUUCCCCGUAAGAACUGGUGACGCUCGGAAAAUAACUAAGUUCAUAGUUACAAAUAUACUUUUCAAUUUUUGACGACAAAUGAUGGAAACACCAUGAAUAAGCCGAAAAGCAUCAUUGUAAUUGGUAAAUAAUUAAACAGCCUCAUACGCCUGCAGGCAACACAGGACGAAAUAACGUGUUUCCGUAUUUUGUAAACUCGACGGAAACGGGAAGUUGCUUAUAUCCGUCACGUUUCCGCCCUGCGGAAACAUGGUGAUCUAGUUUUCCAUGGACGGGACGCGUUUCCGCCAUGUUUCCACGUCGGAAACGAACGAUCAUGUUUCCGCCACAUUUCUGUCAUCACAUUUCCGUUCUUUCUUGUUUCCGUUACGUUUCAGGUGACGAAUUUUUUUCUUUUUUUUAACCCAUGUCCAAGAUCGCAUGAUCAAUGUUUCGUAAACUUUGCCUUGGCGUACAAUCAAGGUGAAUAAAGGUAAAUUUACUCUCGAGAUUAAACGGUUCUCAUGCAUUACUCGCGCGCGUUGCAUUGAUACAAAGACUGUGAAGUGUGCGAGGUUGCCAUUGCUUUCCAUUCUAAGUGGUAAAAAUCGCAGAGCUUACCAACAGCUUUCAAUAUUUGCUAGAUUGAUGUUAAUCAGUACUAGUACUGGCGUAAAACUAAAAUGCUCUUAGACGGAGAAAACAACAGAGAAAACAGGAGAGAAUGGGGCCUAGAACAGAGCGGAGUGCUGGUCAGCGGACUUUUCCUUUGCUCAUGCUCAUUACGGUCAUUCUUUUUGGCGUCCAUUUUGGGCGCGUACUUCAUGGCUGAAUGCCAUAUACACGACAAGCCCACAAUGCCUUGCUAGUACCUAUAGUAGCUUCUAUGGGUUCUAGGAGCGUGGAAUCGGUAUAUUUUUGCUUUCUGAUGAUACCACAAGACAUCUAAGGGUUGUUAUGUAUAUUUAGCGACCCAUCGGCCUUCAGUAAUAGAUCGCUUUCCUCGUAAAGCGACUCUUUUCUGACACAAUGGAGCAGAAUGUGAGACAAAGGCGGAGGAUUGUGAUGGAAUACCGAUAGUAAGACGAGGUAAGCUUAACAGUUUUCCAUAUUUCAUUUUUGUGGUCUGUAGCAUUUGAGAUAAUGCUUGGGAGACAUAUUUGUUGACACAAAGCUGUGAUUGAUAAGUACAGUAAUUUCCCGAGCAGGAAACUGCAACAUAAUGAACCUGAAUCCUCUUACUAAACAAGGCAAGGCGCUGCACUGUGAGGUCUGUGAAAUGAUUGUAGAAAAAUGGUUAGAGGGUUCCAGUGAUUUUGUUACAAAUAGUAUAUGCAUGGUGAGUCCUGAGACUCAUUUUGUGAAUAGUCAAGAGUUCUGGCCUGUCCACAUGCACAACCAGUGAGUCCCAGUUAAAAAACAGGGAGUCCUUAAUUGAAAAUGCUUGGUAUGGGCCUUUUAACCAGACAGUUAAUCUGGAGACAGAUGCCAAGACUUUUUGUGACAGUUUACUAAAAUGAAAAUAUAGUCCUAUAUAUUUAAAGCACAAAAAGACUAAAAUGAUUAUAUACAUCUUUAAACAACAGCUACAGAAAUCGCACAAACAGGAUAUUCUACCAACAAAUCUUCAAAUCGAUCGAUCAUCCUUUGCAUCCUACGGGAUGCAUGCCAUGAAUUAUUUUGCGUCUUUGGAUAAUUUUUUGUGUGAGGGACACAAGAUGCAGAGGUAACAAAAUCACUGGGGUUUGAAACCAUUCCAAAUAGUGCACCAGUUUAAUUUACUGAGAAGGACGGUAACAAAUAUUGUUGAUCGUUUCAUAUGUCCAGGAAGCCCCUACACAGAGUUUUUUAAACAGCGAUGACCAAGUAUGUAUGCUACGGAAAUACAAAAACAUUUAAUCGAAAAUCAGGUUGUUGACCCGCAAAGGUUCGAUAAGUCAUGUAUUGACACGUGAUUUCGGUUACUCUUGCAAAGAGUUGACAAUAGUUCCAAAAGAGAGCUUAAUCUAAUAAUAUGAUAAUGCUUGACUGAGAACGCUCAAGAAAAAGUUGAAGCAUAUAUUUUUUUUCAGUAACUGUGAUCCCAGGAAUAGGUACUUCUUUGACGAGAACUCGGUGAUUAAAACAAUUGGAAAGUGAAGUUACUGUUGAGCAAACUUGUGAAGCUCAGUCGUAGUUGACAACUAUGUCUUGAAGUUCGCAAUUUGAUUCCCUAACUUGCUAAGUAAUUGGCUACUUCGUGAUGUAGUACCCAAUUUUCCAACGAACUUUGCAACAUGGUGUGGUAAAUAAUGUGAAAUCGACUGUAACAGAGUGAUCCAGACUUUAAGAGCACUUUCCAUUUGUCGGAACUGGCCAGCCGGACCAUUGUCCAACCAGUCGGUUUGAUAUUGAAAUACGCUUUUGCCAAGAGUUUUUGCUGAACAACCAUUUCCUUGGUGCAUACUACUUAGGAUUUGACUGAUCUGGCUGGAGAGAUUUGAUUAAAAUGGAAAUUCUCAUUGUGUUGGGAAUGGUUUGGCCGGUCAGUUCUGACAAAUGGAAAGCGCCCUAAGUCUUCAUUUCAGUGGACAGCAAAACCAGCAGUGGAGUUAAACUAGUAAAACCACUUUUAUUUAUCCUGUAUUACCCUGCAGUUCUAUGAAAACAUCAUAUUGACCAGGGGGAAGGAGGGUACUCCUUAAAUAUGUUCUCUUGAAAUCCAAACAAUGUUCCCACAACUUGCAAAGCAACCAGCAGAUUUGUUUACUGAUCAUUCCUUGAAUAUCCACACUCAUAGCUCAGCAUACAUUGUCGUCAGUUAAGAUGUUACAUGGUUGCGGUGACUGUCACAUUUUUUUUAGUUUCCCUUGCGUCUUCAAUACCAAGAAACAAUUACAACAUGUGAGAAAAACAAAGAGGCAUGAUAUUUUUGUCAAUUAUUGACUUAUUUUCUCUGUUGGUUCGCCUCUCACUGCUAAAAUAUUUACUUUAGGAAACACAUGUACAUGUAUAUCCAGCAUAUCACAUUGAAUGUUUGGCUUUCAAGCUAGAUCAAACUCUUUCGAAUGAAAGAGUUUGAUGCAGCUCAGCCAUUCAACAAAACCCACUCACAAAAAAAAAUUGAAUAGAUCAUUUGAUUUUUGAAGUCAGUCAAACAUUGAGUUGGGUUAUCAAACAAAGUGGAACUCACAUAAGGAACACUCGAAUGGAACAAAAACAAGCGUUUCAGUUCCAAGCAAUUGAUGACAAGUGUGUUAAUUAUUGAUCUAGUGUGAAAGCAGUCAAGGCGAUGUAAGAUCCUGCUUCUUUUAUUAUUUCCAUUUCAGAGUUAAAUUCUAAAAUAAACAUUUUGUUUACCAAGGAAAAAGUCUUUAAAUCUGCAAGUUGAAAUCAUCUUAGGAAUCAUCUCAGUUAUUACUCUUCACUCCUUAGUGGGCCUCAAUAAUAUUGUAGCAUAUUCUGAAUCCAGCACUUGUCAGAUUUCCCUGGCUUGUUGAGUUGACUCAGUUUUCACAUUUUAUUUUUUUCCAAUAUAAUUUGGUUUGUUUCGAUUUUGUUCAGGCAUCAAACUCUCCAGAAAGCUGGUUUGAUAUUGUUUGAUGGCCAAACUGUUUUGUUCGGGGGAGUUUGAUGGGAACUUUGUUUUGCGUAAUACAUUGUACACCAGAAGUAUACAUUUACUGCAGUAAAUUAUCUGCUGCCCACCAGGGUUAUCGCUUUACAAGUUGUGAGAACAUCAUUUCUUGCACCCAGACCUUGUUACUUUCCCCUGCUUCGCCUGGUAUUGACCCUGUACGUGUAGAUGAUAAUGUUCAACCUGAGGGAGGUUGUGCCCUUGAAAAGUAGGCUUUUUGUUGCUGGUACUGGUAAUCAUAGACAGCCUCUGUUUACAUUUACAUGUACAUGUAACCCCUGGUCCAUAGUCUUAACGUUGCAGGUUGCGGGCAACGUAAUGUACUAGCUAUUACUAUGAAACACAACUGUAUGCAUGUAAAAUUAUUGUAAUGUGAUGAAUCAGGGUUGUCAGAAAGUUUUGAAGUAGACAGCUGAGUUGUCAAAAAUAAUAAGCGGCCAGUAAAUUAUAUGUAUAUUACUCAUUUAGUAUUUUUUAUUCGUAUGAGAAUAUCUACAUUAGUAAAGUUGUCUUACUGCUAAAAGGUUUUCCCUCCCCCCCCUCCCCCGAUAGCCUGGGGAAUAGCUUCUGUGUUUUACUUAUUAGCACUUUGUUUUGUUUUUCAUACAACAGGCCAGGCAGAUCACCUUGGUAUGUGAUGUUGGUGUAGAACGUUCUCUCAAAGCAGGCUGGUUCAUGGAACUUAAUUUCAGUCUCAAGUUACUGUGCUUUAUGCUUAGUCCAGUUCUGCAAAUGUUAAUCUUGAAAUACUACUUCUAUGCUAAAGACAAAAAAUGUCCAACUGCUACCUUGAGUGGGCAAGGUGAAGCAAACCUUGCACUCUAAUUGGCUACCCAAGGGGGCAAGGUGAGCCCAUUUUGCCCACUUGGGAUUUCCUGCGUUGGUCCCGCAAGUAAAAGUUCUCUUCUUGGCCAUGUAAUAAUUCAUUUAUUGACCAAGGUUGUUCAUUCAAGAUGGCUGAAUAUUGACCUCAUUCAUUUUUGUAUUUUUAUUGACCAAGACCAGGCUGUGCUCUGUGGCCCGUUACGCCUACAUCUGUAACUUUUGUUCUCAGGCGACUAGAAAAUCUUUGGUUUUUCAUAGAAAUCAUUUGCUGGGCACACUGGAUUUCACAAGUUCAGAGUGCUGGACUGCCUUCAAUUUUUCUUAGAGCACAACCUUGCAAGGGAAGGCAGGGUCAAUAAAGACGCAAAUAUCCAGCCAUCUUAACCUCACACCCGGUCAAUAAAGCAUAAUUAUUUAUUACAAUUUUAUGGUUGAAUCCGUGAGCGGGCAAGGUGAAGCAAAUCCUGUGUUCUAAUUGGCUACUCAAGUGGGCAAACCAAUCAAGCUUGUUCGGUAAAGAUAGCUGGGUAUUGGCCUCGCAAAAAAGAGCCUGGCCAAUAUCCAGGCAUCUUGACUGAAUGUUGGUCAGUAACGCAUAAUCAUUUAUAACAAUAAUAAUUAUUAGAACUUUGUGAACAUCUUUUCCAGAAAGGCAUUUUAUAUUGCUUUAAAAGGGCUAGGUUAUGCUAUACUAUAUUUUGUUCUUUGAGAGGCUUAAAUGUGUCUUGGCUUAAAUUAAGUUCCAAAAAUAAUGGUCCAGUUCUGUUAUUUAAAACUUAAUUGAGGCAUUGGCACUGUUUCCCAUCACCUCUUGUUAUGUAUGACAAAGAUGAUCAUGGAUUGAAACUUGGCCAACUUUUUCAAGGUUAAAAUAAUGCUGUGACUGCAUAAAUCACCAAGAAUUAUUAUGGUUUGUGCUUCUUGAUGAAAUUGGCUUGAUGCAUGUAUCUUCUUCAUAACUCUACAAGCCAAGCAUUUUGUGUGAGGGUAAAGACACUAAGGGCGCUUUCCAAAAGUCGGAACUGGCCGGCUGGACCAUGGCUGGAGCAGUUAUUUUGACAAUGAAAUAGCUUUUUCCGAAGAGUUUUUGCUGAAAAACCAUCACCUUUGUGCAUUAGUAUUUAGGUUUUGACUGAUCUAGUUGGAUAGUUGUGAUUAAAAGUGAAAUUCUCGUUACUACUGGAAUGUUCUGGCCGGUCAGUUUUGACAAAUGGAAAGCGCCCUAAGUAAUGACUUCAGCAUAGAAGUGACCUAAAACGUACACAUGAAACACAUAAACCGUUUUAGCAGACUUGUAUUAUGUAAAACUGUAGCCAUACUUUGUUUGUUGAUGUAUUUUUUGCAUUUCAAUCUUUGCAGUGGUCAUAGAAAAUUGUGUAGUUUAGACCACCAUGUUAGAAGAGUAAGAAUAUUUCCUGACACCAUAAUUAUAAAAUUAUCCUGAAGCAGAAUGGUCAUAUGAGUAAGUGGUAUAUGGUCAUACAGGUUAGUAUAGCACUUAGUGGGACUGUUGACAGGAACUGAUGUUUUGACAAUGCCCAUGAAAAUGAUGAUCACCUUGUUGUCUAAACGUUAGUCGCUGUCAACGACAGUCCUGCUCAGGACUACAAUGUACAUUCACCCGACAAAUCAUAUUCCACUUUGUUGAAAUAAUUGUUAUAGACAGCCAAACAUAUCACUAGCCAUAAACUGCACAUGAAAGUGACUAUCUGCUAUAAAGGAUAUUAAUUUGUUAACAGAUUUGACAUUUUCUUUGCCAAAAAAACACUACGUAGUCCUACAGAAAAUUUCUAGUGGAUUUCCCAAAGGAAGCCUCUUACUAUUCCUGUUCAUUGCUAGUGUGAAUAGGCACUCACAUUUAAAAUGUAAUUUAACUUGACCAAUGUAAUGAAUAAAUACCAUAAGAAGACCUGAUUGUCAGUUUAGGAAGCAAGAAGAAUAAAGAAAGUACUUGGAAAGAUUGCUGUGGUAUUAUUUUGUGCAAUAAAAAUGUCGAGAGAAUGGGUUUUUGUAACUAUAGAUGGCGGGAAAACCACCCCAAGAUGGUGAAAAGCGCUUUUUUCACGAUGGAAAUAACUUGAAAACACCAGUUCCCGACUCGUAAACUCGUGUUUCCGCAAUAGUUACAUCCGAUUACGUUGACGGAAACAUGAAAUUGAAUUGUUUCCGGAACGUUUUCGCGUGUUUCCGCAAGGAUGCCACGCAUUUACUCUUGCGGAAAUACGUGUUUGCUUAGACGGAAAUUUGACGGAAACGUAAUGUAUCCGCUAACGGAAACAUGUGAUUACCGUCAUGUUUCCGCAACGGUUUUACGUGUUUACGUUAAGUUUCCAUUUACGGAUUCUUGAAAUUUCGUCCUGUGCAAUUUAUUUAGGUUUAAAAGCGAUGAAACCAAUUUCUUGAUAAUUCAUCUGCGCAAGUAAAAGAUCUAAUAGAUAGAUACCAGUCGUUUCAGCUCUUACCUAUGGCAAAAACUCUGCGUUUAUUUAAAUUUAGGGGUCCAAGAGGGGGUUUUUAAUAAAUAGGAGGCGUUUAUAUUCAUAACUUUAAAAAACUAGACGGAACUAAUAUAAGUAUCAUGAUUUGUGAAAAUAUCAAUAGAUAUCGUUAGUUAUCUUUACUUCAAACUUGACAUUGAAAAAGGUGGAAUACACAAGGCUUUGUUAAUGAAGCAAGAAACUGCACGGCUACACGGCAGUAGCUCGACUUGGUUUCAAACGUUGAGCUACUGCCGUGCCGAACUCAAUUCAUAAAUCAUGAAUACAUUAGAAUACAUUUAAAAGUUUGCUGAAUCGUUUCUUUAUUUUUGCGCUUUGUUUUCGGCAACAGCCGAGACAUUUAAUAACACGCGAAAGCGAAUUUAACUUAAAUUGUUCAUAGCCAAUAAUCUAAAACUAAAUGUAACACCUGCUAGGUAGAUUAGAAUGAUAUAUUAUGUUCGCCCGUCAUAGUUUAGACAUCCUGUUCAGAGUUUUGUAUUUGUUGACUUUUUCAACCAGCUUCAAUAGAGCUGAAACAGAGAGGAAAACGAAUUCGGAAAAUCAUUUGUCAGGUAUUUCGUACUAAGUCUUUCUUUCUGCUUUAAAUGAGAGAAAUGCAUCUGAUUCAGUUUUAUUUGAAUGUUUAUGGGUCUUUACAAAAAUGACUAGAAAGGAAACAUUACCAAUAAGGAAUUUCAUACUCCCUAAAUAGCUAAAAAUAAUAUAACUAACUCACCAAAUUAAAGACUGAGACUUGAAAUCCCCCGGUAACAUACCGUUAGAUUUCGAAAAUAAGCCCCGGCCCGGACUUAUAUUUUUCAAAGGCCCUUUUUGAGGAGCUUAUUUUUGGAGGGGGUUAUAUUCGGAGUGGCUUAUCUCCGAAGGAAAAUUUGCGAUUCAAAAUCGAUUGGGCUUCCCUUCUAGUUUGAAGGAAAUUUACCGUUUUUGCUUUGUUUUACUUUGUCUUUAAGGGCAAUUUCCAAGUACCAACCCCCGGGGGGGGGGGUUAUAUUUGGAUGGUCGAUUUAACAGAGGGUUUUUUGCGUUACGAGUUUGAGGGACUUAUACAUGGAGGGGCUUAUUUUCGAAAUUUUUCAGUAACAGUAAAACCAUCGAGCCAGCGAAUACUGAGAAGUCAGAUACCUUGAUUGGUUUUGUGGGGUCACGUUCAGAAAAGGGUGUGUUACUCAUGAAAGUAGGCCAAAGCAAUGAAUUGAAAUUGAAUGUAACAGCCGUAAAUAGUGAACAGCAAUCUUGAAACCACUAGUCUGUAGAGUUAUGUGGUGAACUUUGGCACUAUUUGUAGCUAGAAUAUUCGUAGUCUCCACAUCAAUCGGUUGGGGGAGCUCACUCUCACAACGUGUAAAAAGCUAGGAUGAAUCAAGGGGAUCGGUUAGAGAAUCCUCUGAGCUUUCUCAAAAUGGCCGCCCCCACCCACUCGUAAUUAACUCAUUCUCACUUAGUUUCGCGAGUAUUAAACUACGCGAGUUUCGCGAUUGGCAAAAAAUCGCUAAAUUUAAUACUCUCGAAAUCUAAAAAUCGCUACAGAUCCCUAAAUAUCGAGAAAUUAGAUGCUCGCGAAAUAUGGCCCAUGAUUUUUCGCGAUAUUGAAUUCUCGCGAAAUUAAGUGAGAAUAAGGUGGCCCUGUUAACCCUUUAAGUCCCAUGAGUGACCAACAUCAUAUUUUCUCUUAACAAUAUCAGUUAUAAUCAAGAAGAAAGGUUAUGAGAAUUAAUGAAAUGAUCACAGAAGGAAAUGCUUUGAUCUUUGACAAAUUCUCUCAAGCAGUUUUUCAAGAAAUGUAUGGAGGCCUGUGUAGAGAAUUUGUAUGUUGAUCUUGGGGCUUAAAUGGUUAAGGAGGAGGGGGGAAUGGGGGGAUACUUACAUCCCCUGUCCUGAAUUUCAAAACCCAUGGUCUAUGUCGAUAUUUCACUAAAUUUUGAGCUUUUCAUCUCAAGUUGAAGCUUUUGCAAGCUUUUAAACCUCUCUGAAGGUCUUUUAUGGAUGUUUUCGGAAAUGGUGCGUGGGGGGAGGCGAACAUUAGGCCUUUCCCGAUUGUGCUCGGCAACUUUUGAGCAACGUUUUGGCGUUUGGAGCAACUUUUUGCGGUUCUAGCAACCUCGAGCAAACUUGCCUUUCUGAGCAACUUUUGAGCAAAUUUUAGGUUUAGAGCACAUAUCAAGUACGAAAAAGUCAAAAAUUGCAUAGAAAACUUCAGUUCAUGCGAAUGUCUUGAAUGUUUAUCAAUUUUUUUUUUUAUUUUUCUUUUUUUUUUAAUUUCUUGUUUUUGAAUUAAAAAUAGCUAAGUUUCCAGCUAUUUUUCUUAACUGAUGUUAGAAAUUAUUGUGAAAAACGAAAAAUAAAGCUUUUAAUCAACUUUUAUAUAAAAAUAUCAAGAAAUUCAGGUGGCAACUUUUGAAAUUUAGGCAGCAACUUUUUGGAUUCUUGGCAAUUUUUUAGCAACUUUUUGGCAUUCCAGUUAGCAACUUUCCAGCAUUUUACGAGCACAAUCGGGAAAGGCCUAGCGAGCAUGGAGUUAUUCUUUGAAGUUCAUUUCUUAUUUUUUUAAGGUUCCGACUACCAUUCUCUUGUGGAAAUUUUAAAUCUCCAAGAUCCAAAAUGAACAACUUAACAGGAUUUAACGGUAAGUAAAAUCAGCUUCAGGAAGAAGAAAGUAUUUUAGCUUAAUGUGGCUAUGUCGCGCUAUUUUUUAUCUUCUUAAAAAGCGGAAAAAACGUGUGUUCGCAUCAACUUAAUUUCAAAAAUGAUCUUCCAGUUGUAUUAUUUAACACUAUCCGCUAUAGGUUUUUUCCACCAACAGUCUCUUAUUUUUCUUUUAAAUCACUGACAGUAGAUCGAGAGCUCGCGUAAGGGGCGAGCGGCAAAGCCGCAAGGAACGAGGGCGGAAAUCCCAGCAAAAGAGAUCCUGACGAUCCAAAGGAUCCUAAAGGCAAGAAGUCAUCAGUUAUAUUCUGAUGGGAUGUUCAGCCUGAGCUGGGCUGUUUUGAAAGUUCAAAAACUAAUAUUUUGUACUGUUACUCGAGUAUCAGUUAGCCUGAAUGCCAAAGAGUAAACGUCACUCAGUGGUUAGAAAGUUAACGGUCUUCCGUCUCACGGCGGCUCAUUUCUAAUUUUCUUGCUUCAGUGGAACCCCGUUAACAAAGAAACAUGGCCGUAUUAACAAGGUUUUUUUACAAGAAAGUUUAUGGCCGUUUUGCCGUGCAGCCAAAAAAAGUGGCCUUAAUAACGAAGUGACUGUAUUACCGAAGUGGCCGCGAGGCGGUGUUCCACUGUAUUGAAUAACGUGAUGUACCAGCGAGCUAAAGUUUAGUAGCUCUGUAUUGUUUUUUUCAAUCGUUUAAAGGGAACCUCCACUUCAACAAAAAGAUAACUUUAAAUCACAGGAAAUAACUGUUACAGUCAAGUCAAUCUAAAAUCUUUUUAAAGAAAGCGUUUGUAUCCGAAAGAAAUAACUUUUAGAUUCGCCUAUUUUUGUUUUCAAAUUUUGCAGGCGUCGCCAUCUUGAAUAAUUGUAACGUGUAAUGGUUGCCCUAUUGUUAUUAAACAAAAGCUUUUUGUGUCAGAACAAUAGAGCAACCGUAACACGUCACAAUUAUUCAAGAUGGCGGCGCCCGCGAAAUUUGAAAGUGAAAAUAAGCGAUUUUAAAAUUCACUUUUCCUGAUAUAAACACUUUUUUUAAGACAAAUUUCGAACAAAUUUGUUUAUCAACAUAAUUUUAUUCGAUUUGAACUUAUUCUGUAGUAAGAGUGGAGGUUCCCUUUAAACUGAAGCUCCGAAUUUUGAUUUGAUUUACAUUCAUUUGCUAUGAACUUAACAGGUUAUUUUGGUUCUUCUUUAGAAACAAACAUCACUCACUCUUCGAACGUAACCCUACUCCCACCACAACCAAGCAGACAAAGUGCAGUCGUUAUCCCACUAGACCUCAAGAUUGGCGUAACGUCAGCGUAUGCAGUAAUUUUCUUUGUAGCUCUGUUUGGUAACUCGGUCGGUCUCUACGUGGUGUUAAAGAAAUUUUCAUCUACCAGCGUGACAAACCUGUUCAUUGGCAACAUGGCCGUUGCAGAUCUGCUCCUAACAACCACGAUUAUGCCAUAUACGGUCGCCUUUUUGUACCGUGGGCGUCUUUGGAUCGGAGGAACGUUGGGUAGCAUUACUUGCAAAGGGUUGCAUUAUGUCAUGCCUGUUUUUAUUUCCGCUACUGUUUUUACAAUGAUGCUGAUUUCGUUUGACAGAUUUUACGCCGUAUUUUACCCUUUAAAAGGGAAACUUUUCCGAAAGCCGAAAGUCUUGUCAUCAACCAUAUGGGUUUUAUCUUUUGGGUUAAUGACUCCAUAUGUUUUAUUGUUUCAAACAAGAGAACGGCAACCAGGCGUAUACUAUUGUUUUCAGGAGUGGCCAUGGGCACCACCAAACGACACAGACUUGAGCGAAACAUAUAGAGUGCGAAAGAUCUUUCACAUAUGCGUUUUUGUCAUUAUAUACGCGUUACCUCUCACCAUGACAAUAAUCAUCAACUGCUUAAUUUGCCGAAAAUUAUGGCUGCGUAAGAUUCCAGGAAAUGUGACGGAUACCAACCUCGCUGCUGAAAAAAGGUUAAAACGCAAGGUAACACGUCUGCUGGUCAUCACAUGCGUGGUAUUUGCAGUAUGCUGGUUUCCAGUCUAUGUGAAUCACUACUUUCGGUUCGUACGACCGGAUCAAUCGCACAAGUUACCGUUUAAGGUUCAGCUGCUAUUCUACUGGAUAGCACAUGCAAACAGUGCUUUAAAUCCAUGUCUUUAUAUUCUCCUGAAUAAAAGAUAUCGCAAGGCGUUUUUUGCAACCCUG